AGACAAGCCCAGGCCCAACCUCGACCCCCGGACCAGACAGGACAGGACCGCCCCAGGCCCGACCCCCGGACAGGACAGGACAAGCCCAGGCCCAGGCCCGACCCCCGGACCGGACAGGCCCAGGCCCAACCUCGACCCCCGGACCAGACAGGACAGGACCGGACCGGGCCCAGCCCCGACCCCCGGACCGGACAGGACAAGCCCAGGCCCAACCUCGACCCCCGGACCAGACAGGACAGGACCGGACCGGGCCCAGCCCCGACCCCCGGACCGGACAGGACAAGCCCAGGCCCAACCUCGACCCCCGGACCAGACAGGACAGGACAGGACCGGACCGGGCCCAGCCCCGACCCCCGGACCGGACAGGACCAGGCCCAACCUCGACCCCCGGACCAGACAGGACAGGCCCGGCCCAGGCCCGUUGGGCCUCCUGGGCCUCCCGCUCCAACGGUGACGGUGGCGGCGUUGGGGCCUCGUAGGUCGAUGCUGUGGUCGGUGGUGCUGGCCCAGCCCCGGACCCUCGGCCCGGCCGGACCUGGACCCCGCUUCUACCUGCGCCCCGGGAACGAGCAGCGCUGCCGGGACCUGCUGGCCGCCGCCACCGCCCAGGCCCGGGCCCAGCGAGGGACCCCCGGGACCCCCGGGACCCCCAGGGCCACCGCCGCCGUGCUCCUGCCCCUCUGCACCGUCCGUGGUGCCCCGGCCCUGCUCUAUACGCUGCGCUCCACCCGCCUGGCCGGGCGACACCGCGGGGAUGUCAGCUUCCCAGGGGGCAAGUGUGACCCCGCGGACCGGGACGUGGUGGCCACGGCCCUGAGGGAGACUCACGAGGAGCUGGGCCUGCAGGUCCAGGAGCGGAGCGUGUGGGGGGUCCUGGAGGCCGUGCCGGACUCGAAAAACUCUCGCAUCGUUCCUGUCGUCGCCCAGGUGGGAGCCCUGGAGUCCCUGUGCCUGACCCCCAACCCCCAGGAGGUGGACGACGUGUUUACCCUACCCCUGGCCCACCUGCUCCGGGACGGCAACCGAGGCUACACGCACUUCUGCGUGGGGGGCCGCUACCGCUACACGCUCCCUGUGUUUCUGCACGGCCCCUACCGCGUCUGGGGGCUCACGGCCAUCAUCACGGAGCGGGCCCUGGAGGUCCUGGCGCCCGGGGCCUACCGCCGCCGCCUGGCCCGCGGCCCGGGGCUCUGACCCGACGGUCUCCCGCCCCCCUCUCCCACCCCCGGACGGACUGGGGUCCCCCCCAACCGAGGGGCAGGGUCUCCACUCCCCCCACUCCUCUCCCUUAGGCCCCCUUCUUCCAUUAAGGCCCUUCAGGAACGAUGUGGAGCCACUGGACCAGGGUCCCCCCAUCAUCUCCGUAGGGACCUGGAGACCCCCACAUUUAGAUGCGGAAGGGGG